AUGAGCGGGUCGUUGGUCGCGCUCAGCACGUACUGCGGCCUCGUCGGCGUGCUGCUGGCCUAUUUCAACGUCAUGCACAUCGGUCUCACGGUCGUGAUCGCCACCGCUGCUAUUGUGUCGGUGCUCGGCUACGCGGCUGUGUUCGCCGGCUUUUGCUUCAUGGGUCGGACGUUGGUGCGGUCUCCGCUGGAAGCUCCGAUCGCGGCCAUUAAGCUGCAGCUCAAUAUCUGCUGCUCCAUCGCCACCUUCAUCCGCCGCGGGCUCAAGCCGCGCUUCCCUCAAUGGACGCUCACGUUCGAGAUCACGUGCAACAUGAUGCGCUACAUGUUCGAGGAGUUCGGCGAGGUCAUCGCCUUCGAGAACGCGGCGCUGCUCCGAGAGCCAUUCGCCAUGCACGGGCGACUGAUCCUCAAGUCCAACUGCCGCCAACACAAGACGGUGCCCGAGAAGCUCGAGGCCAACGGACUGGAGCACAUGUGGCUGCGUGACGCCGACAAGAAGCAGCAGCGCGUGGUGGUCAUCCACUUCCACGGCGGAGGCUUCGCGAUGUCGCACCCGCUGCAGGACGUGGAGCUGGCCAACCAGACGCACACGAUGCUCACGCAGAUUCUCAUGGACAAGUACCAGCUCGACGUGUCGGUGGACGUGCUGCUGGCCAACUACCGCAAGAGCCCCGAGAACCCGUACCCGACACCGGAUGACGACUGCCUCACGAUCUACCAGCACGUGCUGAAGCACGAGAACAUCUCGCCCAAGCUCGUCCUGUUCAGCGGCGACAGUGCCGGCGCCAAGAUGUCGCUCUUCAACUGCAUGCGGAUGCGGGACGCCAACAACUCGGAGCAGCUUCCCCUCGCGUGUCUGCUGUACUCUCCGAGCGUGGACUUUGAGGAGAAGGGAGGCGACGAGAAGACGCCGUUCUGCAUCAUGCCGGCCAAGUUCGUGGACUCGGUGCACGAGACGUACCUGGCCAAGGUGACGGACCCGGAGGAGCGUCUGAAGGCGUCCCCUAUCAACCACGACCUGCGUCACCUCCCGCCCAUGUUCGUCCAGUACGGGACCCUCGAGCGCUUCUAUGGUCAAGGCAAGCGGAUCAUCGCCAAGGCCAAGGAGCAGGGCGUGACCAACUGGGAGGUGGACUUCCUGGAGAACAUGCCCCACGACGCCGUCAUGCUGCCCACGGACGUGAGUCCUGCAGCGAAGGAAGGGAUUCGCCAUGGCUGCGAGUUCGCUGCCAAGCUGGCAGCAGAAAUGCUGAGCGCCGAGCCCGAACCGGAGUGCUAG